CGACAGAAGUGGAAACUGCUUGGCAUGCCAACCAUUCUUGUGUUUGGUGCAACAGGUCGCCAAGGUGGGAGUGUUGUUGAACACUUGAUAGGAAAGGGUUGGAAAGUUCGUGCGGUAACGAGGAAUCCCUCGAGUGAAGCUGCUCAGUUGCUGGUUAGGAAAGGUGCUGAAGUUUUGCAGGGCGAUCUCUUGCAGCCCCCUGAAACAUUGCUACCUUUGUUUAGAAAUACUGAUGCAGCCUUUGGAGUAACGGAUUUCCGAACCUUUUUGAACGAUUCGGAGGGACCUGAUCGAAAGGAAUUUUUAUGUGGAAAGAACUUUGCGGAUGCUGCCAAAAUGGCCAAGGUCCCAUACCCCAUUUUUAGCAGCCUACCUUCCACCAAAAGGUUGACUAAUGAAAAAUAUGCUACUCGUCAUUUUGAAACGAAGGUUAUCAUUGAAGAGCACAUGAAGAAUAUUGGUCUUCCCGUUAUUAUUAUCCGUCUAUAUGCAUAUUUUGAAAAUUUGCGGUUCUGGCUUCGUCCUAAAAAAGAAAAUCCUGAGCAACUUGAGUUUUCUUUACCAAUGGGAUCUUCUCGCAUGUUUAUGACUUGUGUUGAAGAUGUAGGAGGUGUUGUCGCUGGAAUUUUGGAGCAACCUGCUGAGUAUAUCAACCGAACUAUUGAUGUUGUCCAUUCUUCUACGGAUUUGUAUCAGGUUGCAGAGGUCUUGUCCAAGUCUCUUGACAAAGAGGUUCACUACAUUCCCCAAACUAUAGAACAGUUCAAAUCACUGUCCUUUCCAUUCGCAAAUGACUUGGCAGAUAUGUUUGCGUCGUAUCAAAUAAUGUUUGAUGACGAGCAUAUUAUAGAGUUUGAUAUUGAAACCUGUCGAAGAUUAUAUCCAAAGUACCAUACAUUAGAACAGUGGGCUAGAAAGUAUAAACAACAGUUGAUUGGACUUGAAGAGAGAUAAACGUGUAUUAACCGUCUUUAACAAUGCAAAUUUCUUUCAUCGGAAAGAUAAAGGACAAUGAAAACCUUUUUCUUGUG